AUGGGUGAACCGCAGACUAUGCACAAGACCUGCGUGAGGGUCAGCUCCGGAGACGACGAGUCCAGGGUAGAGGUCGACCAUGACCUGCCGAAGAAGAACCCAUUCAUACGGGGUUCGGACCCUCGUGUCGCCACGUGCAGGGGCCGCCUGCAGACGCGGCGAUGCCAGCUCAACCAGGAGAUCAACAAGGAGUUGCGGCUCAGAGCUGGCGCGGAGAACCUGUUCAAGGCCACGACGAACAGGAAGCUCCGCGAGACCGUCGCGCUGGAGCUGAGCUUCGUCAACUCCAACCUGCAGCUGCUGAAGGAGCAGCUCGCUGAGCUCAACUCCUCGGUGGAGCUGUACCAGAGCGACAGCAAGGAGUGCGUGAUGCCGAUGAUCCCGCUGGGGCUUAAGGAGACCAAGGAGGUCGACUUCCGGGAGCCAUUCAAGGACUUCAUCCUGGAGCACUACAGCGAGGACGCUGCUGCUUACGAGGACGCCAUCUCCGAUUUCAUGGACAUGAGACAGGCUAUGCGCACGCCAGUACGCUCCACUGUCGGCGUCGCGUUGCUCUUCAAAUACUACAACCAGCUCUACUUCAUCGAGCGCCGCUUCUUCCCCCCGGACAGGUCGCUAGGGGUCUACUUCGAGUGGUUUGACUCCCUGACAGGUGUUCCGUCGUGUCAGCGGACAGUGGCUUUCGAGAAAGCGUGCGUCCUUUUCAACAUGGCGGGAAUAUACACACAGAUCGGGGCCAAACAGGAGCGGAAAACCUGUGCCGGACUGGACGGCGCAGUGGACGCCCUGCUACGAGCAGCUGGGACCCUACGCUACAUCCACGAGAACUUCACCAACGCACCCUCUGUAGACCUGGCGGCAGACACGCUUCUUGUGCUGGGGACCCUGAUGACGGCACAGGCGCGAGAGUGCCUCUUCGAGAAACUGCAGCUGCAAGCGCGAGAGGCGUGCUCCGCCCGGGGCCAGCCGCUGCACGCUGACCUGGACAUGUGCCUAGACCUGGCGCAGGAGAGCGCCCAGCUAGCCCACGUCUACCGCCAGCUCUACGAUAAGAUGCAGACCGAGGGUGUAUUCAACUACGUGCCAUACUCGUGGGUUUCUCUUGUCCAUGUCAAGACUGAGUUCUACAAAGCGCUAGCUCACCAGUACUGCGGCGUGGCGCUCCUCCAUUCGGCGGGGGGGCAGCGCGCGCGGGACCGCAUCGCCGCACUACACGCGCCCGAUCGCGCCGACUCAGGUGGGAUGAACGGCGCAGACGCCGAGCCGGCGGCGCUGGGGCGCGCCCACUUGGCCGAGGCGCUGGCCCUCUACGAGGAGGCGCUACGCCUCCAGCGGAUGUGCAGGGAGCUGCGCGGCAAGGAGGCGCUGGCGCGGGCGGUGCAGGCGCAGAGGGCGCGCGCGGCCAGCGACCGCGGCGCCCGCCCCGACGAGCCCGACUUCGGCGACGUGCUCGACGCGCCCGCCAUACUGCCGUCGUCGAAGUUCCAACUGGCGCUGACGCCGCCGGACUUCGCGCAGCACCGGGUCGAGGACCUGUUCCGGCCGCUGGGGCCCAUCGCGGUGUUCUCCGCCAAGAGGCACUGGAGCGCCCCGCGGCUGGUGCAGCUGCAGCGGGGCGGGCGGAGGGCGCGCCGCGCCGCGGAGGGGGGGGAGCGAGCGAGACGGCGGCCGAGCGACAAGCGCGACCGCUCCGAGGACAACAGCGCCUACUACGGCCACAGCGGCAGGGGCGAGGAGGACAAGGUGACGAAACAGAACGGCGUCUACAUAAACAGCUACAACAGCUACGGCUACGACUACCACCCGAAGGUGAUAGAAUAUGAGGACUACCACGAGGAGAAGAAGGCGGCCGGCAGGAGGAAGGAGCCUCUGCGGAGGGUCGCCAGCGAAUUUGACGUGGCCGCCAAGGAGGAGGGCUUCGGCUUCUCCGUGAGGGGGGACGCCCCCGUCCUGAUAGCCGCCGUGGAACCCAACUCCUUGGCCGACAUCGGCGGCAUGAGGGAGGGAGACUUCAUCAUCUCCAUCGGGGAGACGGACGUGAAGUGGAGCUCGCACGAGGAGGUGGUGCGGCUGAUCCAGCAAGCUGGGGAGUCCCUCACGCUGCGCCUAGCCACCCCCAUGGACAAGAGGGAGGCCUGUGGCAAGGGGUGCGGCGCGGCUGGAGGGGUGGGUGCGGGGGCGGGGGCGGGUGCGGGGGCGGGGUCGCAGGGCUCCGUGUCGGGCGCGUCGAGCGCGUCGAGCGGCUCCACGGCGCACACGGCGCGCUCCCCCCGCCGGGCGCCCUCCUGGAACCCCUUCCGCCGCAACGCCACGCACACGCCCCCCAACGCGCACUCCAACGUCACCUUCAGA